AUGUCCGCCCAGAAGGUUCAAUCUUCUGUUCAGUUCGAGGUGACCGAAGUUGCAGAGGGUGAAUACAAAGUGGUCCAGCUACCACCAGAGAUCUCGGAUACAGACCUGCAGGGUGGCAACAAGAAGGAAAUCGACCUUGACAUCAAGCUUGUGCGGUUCCACGGCUGGUACGACCCAGACACCAAAGAAAUCGGAAUCGACACCUAUGUUGCAGGUAUUCACGUCGGUGAUGGGUAUAGGGCAUCGCUCGACAAAGGAAUCCAGUGCCAGCUCGAACUUGUUGCGUACGGUGGACAUUGGAAUGUUCUGAAGAGUGGUAACAAACUGAGAAUCGAGCUCCAUCUGCACUCGAAGGUCUUCCCAGAUAUCAAUGAAGGAGUUGACUUGUUCGACAUCUGA